AUGUUUACCUCUUCGUUUUCCAAAGUCUCAAAAAAAUCAAAGAAUACCUUCAAUGCCAGCCCACCUGAGAAAAAGCAAAAAAAAUCUGAAUCGAAGGAUUGGAGUCCCAAGAGUCCACAAGGUGGACAUCCCGAGUUUUCCGAAGAGGGCACCAGCUCCAAGGAGUCCAAAACUGUCCAACAGUUUCCUUCCUUCGAUCACUUGAUUGACGAUUUACCAUCGUUUGAAAUGCAUAAUAGCUUGCUGAAUAGAACUUUUCAAGCCACUGAUUCCCCAAGCCAUGAUCUUCCUGACGACUCCUCCUCAACGGAUGGCAACCAAAAUCGUUUUUCCGAAAAUCCUCCUGUUCGCCCUUCUUUGGUAACUCAGGGAACCGCAACCUCAUUGACUCGUUUUCAGAACUCCAACCAGGACUCCAUACUGAAUAAUUUGAACAGCUUGGCUAAAGUGCAUGCGCCAUUGAACGUCACAAUCAAGCUUACCACAAAACAUGGAGACGGAAAGAGGUCAACUCUGCUAGAGCCAAUGCUGAAAGAAUUUACCACUGGGGACAUUGUCGCUGGUAUCGUCACUGCCAGGAAUACUAGUUCCAAACCCAUCAAGUUUGACAUGUUCACAGUUUCCCUGGAAGGAUACGCUAAAGUUCUUACAGGAUCAGGCUCGUCUAAUCUCAAGUAUUACUCUCAUACAUUUCUCAACAUGUUUGACCUCAACGCAUCGUUCCAUACGUGUAACUCGCCUGAGUCCAACACUUUGAAGAUCGAUCCCAGUGAUGGAUUCUACAUUGGACUUCCAGUGGACAAAGUUUUCCGGCCCAACGUGACGUACAAAAAAUCAUUCACUUUCAAGUUUCCUUCUGUGUUAUUGGAUCACGUUUGCACGCACCAGCAUGAUGCUCAUUUUAUGUUACCACCCACUUUUGGGCUGGACAGGAGCAGCAUGGAUGGGAGAGCCGAAAAAAUUGCUAUAAACGGCAAUUCUGGCUAUGGAGUUUUAUAUGAACCAGGUUCCCCUAUUCUAACUAGAGAUCUUAGUUAUGCUAAUGAGUCCGUUUCCUAUGCAAUCAAGGCGAGAGCCUUGAGUAAAAAAGAAGACUAUGAAGUGCAGGACGGAGAGUUCAACAGAAAUAUUUUGGCUGAAAGUGAACACCAUCUAAGGUUUAUUCCGGUUAAUGCGUACGACAACCCUGCGAAUUAUGAGCUUUCUACUGAUGUCCAGUUUAGAAUGUUGAAAAAGUCUAUUGAUUCCAACAUUUGCAAGUUAGAGCAACACUACCAACUUAUUUACUUUGGUAUCGAACCCAAUGAUGUGGAUUAUAACUUUUCCAGGAUGUACUUUAACGAAAAAAAUUCAGAAAAAAAGCUUAACCCGUAUAGUUAUCAGAAUAACAUCAGCUUGCAAUAUGAUGUCGAGAAUUUGGACUGCUCCGAAAGGAAAAAGUUGCCCGAUGCCAAGCAGUUUCAAAGUAGAAAGGUUUACGAAGAAGAGGCAUUCGAACUAAAGAAACAAUCAGUGAUCAGCAUCCCUAUUUCAAAUAAACGGUCUCAAAACGGUUUUAUGCGAAUGCGAGCCAAAAUUCCUAGUACAGGACUAACGUACAUUAGACCAAGAUUCUGUACUCCUUCGGUGGAACAGAGUAAGAAGACUGGGCUAAACUUACAGGUAAUAGAACUGGAAUUGGAAUAUGUCCCACCCAUGAAUUGCCAUACAAUGAAUGCAUCCAAGAUGAUUAAACCUCCUCAACAGGAUGUCGAGAUCAAAGAUAUUCUACUUGAAACUAUAACCUAUAGGUCGAUCGAGCCAGUGCCAGUUACCUUUGCGAAUUUUAACUUCACCAAAGAGGAUGAGCUGGCUGAACACAAGAAAGAUUUUCUUACAUUCCAAAAGCGUUUGGAUAAGCUCCCUAAAAAAUUCGUCCAUGCUAACAUGCCAAAACAGACUCUUAGAGACAUCAAAGCUAUGGUUGACCUGAGAUAUCAUACUAACAACAUCAAGGUUCUGAAAAUCAAAUCUCAAGUACAAGAAAAAUGGCGCCCGAUAGAGAUAUUGGAAGAAGACAAACCGUCUCCUAAGAGUACCCCAACCAGUCCUCUUUACGAGAAAUCCACCAGUUAUUUCCCUCCUGCGGAAACAUACUUUGAAAGUCGAGCUAACAGCUUUAGUUCUCAAAGCGGAGAGAAAAAUAGGUCCAAGAUUAAGUGGAGCAAAAAAAUUGUAAUUGAGAUUGAUUUUAAUUAUCAACAAGAUUUCAAGAACCUUGUCUUAGUGCCUACCUUCAGUACAUGUUUGCUUGGACGACUGUAUGGAAUAGUCAUCAAUGUUGAUCUCCAUAGUUAUGGGGUAAAGUCGCUAAACGUCCCGAUAAAGGUGUACAAUAUGGGUGUUUAG